AUGGAAAACCAUCUAUUGCUUUGUAUUUUAUUGUUGAUUCCUGCCUUUGCAUCAUCAGACUUUUUGGUAACCCAUAUCCGAAAUGUCAAGGUUGUCAAUGGGAUAGAAAUCUCCAGCAUGAAAAUUGAUAGUAAAAUAACUUCCCGAUUUGCCCACAAUGUCAUCACCAGUCAAGCUGUCAAUCGUGGAAAUGUGCACAAAGAAGUCUUCUUUGAUGUUGAACUCCCUAAGACAGCCUUCAUUACCAACUUCAGCAUGACAAUUGAUGGUGUCACUUAUCCUGGAACUAUAAAGGAAAAAGAAGUUGCAAAAAAGCAAUAUGAGAAGGCUGUUUCAAAGGGACAGACUGCUGGUCUUGUCAAAGCUUCAGGAAGAAAAACAGAAAAAUUCACUGUCUCAGUGAACAUUGAAGCAGCCAGUAAAGUCACCUUUGAACUCACAUAUGAGGAACUGCUGAAGCGACAGUUUGGAAAAUACGAGAUGUUCAUCAAAGUAAAACCGAAGCAGCUUGUCAAAGAUUUUGAGAUUGAAGUAAAUAUCUUUGAGCCCCAGGGUAUCACUGAGCUGGAAGCAGAAGGAACAUUCAUCACCAAUGAUCUACAAAAUAUCAUUCAAAAAACUUUCACAGAUAAAAAGGGACUUAUCUCUUUCAAGCCCACUCUUGAUCAGCAGCGAACCUGUGCAACCUGCUCACAGUCUGUCUUGGAUGGGGAUUUUACUGUAAGGUAUGAUGUGAAGAGAACAACUCCAGAUAAUUUGCAGAUUGUCAAUGGCUACUUUGUACACUUCUUUGCACCAACAAAUCUUCCAAAGUUGCCCAAGAAUGUUAUUUUUGUAAUAGAUAUUAGUGGCUCAAUGUCUGGAAGAGAAAUAGAACAGACGAGACAGGCACUUCUAAAAAUCUUAGAUGACAUUAAAGAUGAUGACUUCUUCAAUUUCAUCCUGUUUGGUAGUGAAGUACACACCUGGAAAGAAACAUUAAUCAAGGCCACUCCUGAGAAUUUGGAUGAAGCAAGGAAGUUUGUUCGGAGCAUUGACACUGCAGGCAUGACAAAUUUACAUGGUGGUGUAAUGAGGGGAAUUGAUAUGCUGAAUGCUGCUCAUGAAGGAAACCUUGUGCCCAAGAGAAGCGCUUCUAUAAUUAUCAUGUUAACAGAUGGCCAACCAAAUGUAGGCAUAUCAAAUACUCAGGACAUUCAGGAGCAUGUAAAAAAAGCCAUUGAAGGAAAAUAUCCCUUAUACAAUCUGGGUUUUGGCUAUGGUGUUGACUACAGCUUCUUGGAGAAGAUGGCGCUGGAGAAUAAAGGAUUGGCACGUCGGAUUUAUCCUGACUCUGAUGCAGCUUUACAGCUUCAGGGGUUUUAUGAUGAGGUGUCAAAUCCCAUGCUCACGGAUGUGGAGUUAAACUACCCAGAAAAUGAAAUAUCAGACCUAACUAAAAACAGUUUUAAGCAUUUCUAUGAUGGGUCAGAGAUUGUGGUGGCUGGGCGCUUUAUAGACAACAACCAAAACAGUUUGACUGUAGAUGUGAGAGGUGAAGGCGCUAAGGAUGCUUUGUCAUAUACUACACAACAAGAUGCUGAGCAAACAGCUGAAGCUUUGCAAGAACAAGAAUACAUAUUUGGAGAUUACAUUGAAAGGCUCUGGGCUUACCUCACUAUUGAACAACUUCUGGAAAAACGCAUUGCAGCUACAGGAGAAGAAAAGGAGAAUCUUACAGCCGAAGCUCUGGAUCUCUCACUAAAAUACAAGUUUGUAACACCACUGACAUCCAUGGUGGUAACAAAGCCAGAAAACUAUGACAAUCAAGAUGGGAUUGCUGAUAAACCCAUUGAAGGUAUAGACAUUUUCACAAUUUUACUAUGGAUUUCCUGCAUCACUCGAUCUAGGAUGGAAUAUUUUCAUAAAAUUCUUGUUGAUGGAGAUCCACACUUCGUUAUAUCAGUGCCACAAAAAGAUGAUGCUAUUUGUUUCAAUAUCAAUGAAAACCCAGGUGCUGUGUUAAAUUUAAUAAAUGACCCAGUUACAGGCAUCACAGUCAACGGAGAACUCAUUGGUGAUAAGAGAGCAAAUAGUGAUGCAAAGAUCCAAAACACGUAUUUUGGAAAACUUGGCAUUGCGAAUAAGCAUCUGGAUUUAAAACUGACAGUAACUCCUGAGAGGAUCACAAUUCAGAAUGGCAAUGAAAAAACAGGUUUGACCUGGCUUGAUACAGUCACCUUGCAACAAGAAGGUUUAACUUUGAUAAUUAACAGGAAAAAAAAUCUAGUGCUCAAAAUGAGCAGUGGUACUUCAUUUGUUAUUGUUUUGCACCAAGUAUGGAAGGAACAUCCUCUCCACCAAGAUUUCCUAGGACUGUAUACAUUGGAAAGUGAUAAACUGUCUGAACAGACCCAUGGAUUAUUAGGGCAGUUUUUCCACACCAUUGACUUCACCAUACUUGAAAUUCAUCCUGGGUCUGAUCCCAAGAAACCGGAUGCCACGAUGAUUGUUAAAAACAACGAGCUUAGAGUAACAAGGGGCUGGCAGAAGGAUUACAGAAGGGAUCCUAAGCACGGCGUUGACAUUCCUUGCUGGUUUGUUCAUAACAAUGGAGCUGGGCUGAUAGAUGGUGUUCAUACGGACUAUAUUGUUUCCAGUCUGUUUUAA